AUGAAGGUUGAAGUAAUCUUUUUGGCUUCUUGUGUCCUUUUCUCUCUUAUCCAUGCCCACUUAUCACAUGAAGAACCAAUGAAGGAACCAGAGUAUUGUCGUUGGACAAAUGCGUUUAAUGGAACAUGCUCAGACAGAGGUAAUCCACAAACAAUGUGUUUCUUUGACUUCUUAGAUGCACAUACUGCAAGAGUGAUGCCUAAAAAUUGCGCUUGUAAUGAUCUGCCCGGUAACAAGCGUUAUUGUGAAUGUUCAUUUGUUUGCAAUAGUUAA